AUGGCCACCAACAACACCUCCUCAGCCGAUACGCAACCGCUCAUCACAGGCCUGCACCACAUCAACCUGACCGUGCCACACGGCACCCUAGACCAAGCCAAGUCCUUCUACUCCGACACGCUGGGCCUGACGUCGCGGCCGGUUCCCGCCGCGCAGACCGACGAGCUGGCCUGGUUCGACAUCGGCGUCUCGGGCCAGCAGGUACACGUCUCGCUGCCGAAGCACGACAAUGACACCAUCCCCGGCGACGCCUCUCGGCACCCUUGCUUCCGCGUCGGCUCGCCCGAGGCCUUGCACGCCCUGCAGGAGCGCGUUCACGCCCACCACCUACGCGGCGGCGCCGACGCGCCCGCUGCUGCUGACCCCCCUGGCGUAAGCUCUGGGGCUAAGGGCCCGGAGUAUCCCAAGCGUUUCUUCGCUAGGGACUUUGCGGGAAACCGGUUGGAGUUCACUGUCUAG